AUGGCAGGCUUCGCGUUCGCAAACACGCCGGACCAUGUCCCAGGCGAUGAACAUCUCCCAGCAGAAUUUACGAUAAAAGCCUCACCAGACACAGACAUAUGGGCUAAACCGCCGUCCACCAAACGGUUCAAUGCUCCCAUCUUCUACAAGUCCAUGCCAUUGGACACGUUUAAGCGGGCCCGAGUAGCUAUUUCGGCCAACUGGAGCCAGAAAUACGACCAGGGUGGUCUCAUUAUUGUUCUGAACGGAAAUGACGGCGAGCGCAAAUGGGUGAAGACUGGCAUCGAGUUCACCCAUGACAAACCUCAUCUGAGUACUGUGGCCAAGGACCGCUGGGCAGACUGGAGUCUGCUUCCAGUUCCAUCAGGCUGCGGAGGUGCGACGCUAGAAAUCGCCAGAGAGCCGGACGAUAGCUUGUGGGUGUGGCUUGUUGAAGGGAUACAAAAGUCGCCAAUUAGAGAGAUCACCUGGGCCUUUGCGGACAAUGUCAAUGACUUUUGGGUUGGCGUUUAUGCGGCGAGGCCGUCGAGCGAGGGCGGGGAUUUGAUUGUCAGUUUUUCUUCAGUGGUAAUUGAGGUGACGGAUCCGGCUAGCAAAUAG